UAUGCAAAGCUGGUAUAUACCAAGAUGUUCUGUGUUGUUUCCACAGCUAAAUCUUUGCAGCUGAGCAUGCAGAAAGUCUCACAAUCUAUCGAAGAGCAGCCGGCAGUGGAGAAGAAGAAGCCACUGGUCAACAAGUUGUUCCCAAACUCAGAGCUGUUCAAGAAGUGGGGUGAUGAGCUGUCUAAGGAGGAACAGAAGGAUGCCGAGCACUUGUUUCAGCUUUACGGCUACAACGUGUUUCUCAGUGACCGAAUCCCUCUGAACAGGACAAUACCGGACACCCGAGACUUCAGGUGUGCUACGAAGGUGUAUCCGGAGCAGCUCCCGUCGCUCAGUGUGGUUCUGAUCUACCUGAACGAGGCUCUGUCGAUCUUAAAGAGAGCCAUACACAGCAUCAUUGACAGAACGCCUGCUCACCUGCUGAAGGAGAUCAUACUGGUGGACGAUCACAGCACUAAUGAUGAUCUGAAGGAAAAACUUGGUGAAUUUAUUGACCAAGUUCAUCAACAGAGGCCAGGAUUACUUAAGAAAGUGAGCCACAGAAAGAAACUGGGGCUGACACAAGCUCGUAUUUCAGGAUGGAAAGCAGCUGUCGGCGAUGUGGUGGCCAUUUUGGAUGCCCACAUUGAGGUGCAUAAGCAAUGGGCAGAACCGCUGCUGGCCAGAAUCAAAGCGGACAGGACGGUGUUGCUGUCUCCGGUGUUUGAUCGGGUGGAGUACGACACACUUGAAGUGAAGCCGUACUUUGCAAAUGCCCAUGCCUUCGACUGGCAGCUGUGGUGCAUGUACGAGUCCUUCAGGCCAGAUUGGUAUCAACUUGAAGACCCGUCCAAACCUGGGAAGAGCCCUUCCGUCAUGGGAAUCCUCGUGGCUGAUCGAAAAUUCUUUGGAGAAAUUGGAGGUUUGGACAAAGGAAUGGAAAUUUAUGGAGGCGAGAACGUCGAGCUCGGAAUACGAGUUUGGCUUUGUGGAGGAAGCAUUGAAAUCAUCCCGUGCUCAAAGAUCGCUCAUAUAGAGAGAGCACACAAGCCCUACGCACCAGAUCUAGCCGAGCCCAUGAGAAGAAAUGCGCUAAGGGUGGCUGAAAUCUGGAUGGAUGAAUAUAAGAAAAAUGUUUAUGUAAGCUGGAAUCUCCCUCUGAAGGAUCAUGGAAUUGAUAUUGGGAACGUGACUGAAAGAAAGAAGCUGAGAAAACAACUUAAAUGUAAGCCCUUUAGCUGGUAUCUGAAGAACGUGUAUCCUGAGUUAGACACCUGGGAUGAUCUACUUGGCUACGGCACAAUACAGAGUGGCCUCUUAGAGAAUAACUGCAUUGAUCAGGGUCCUGUUCCAGGCAGUGUCCCUGUCCUCUAUCAGUGUCAUUUCCUAAGCCCUCAGCACUGUUACUAUAAGAGUAAUGGGGAACUCUACAUCGGAGGCAUCAAAUCUCACACGUACAGUAAUAAUCGCUGCCUGGUGGAUCCUGGUGAGGGAAACACACCAACACUGCAUGACUGUAAAAUAGCCAAGGAGAAAGGAUUAAAUAUGCACUGGGACUUCAAACAGGGUCAUGCAAUAAAAAACAAAGGCACACGCAAAUGUCUUGAGAUUGCCCAAGGAGAGGAUUCAUUUUACCAACUUGUCCUUCAAGCCUGCAGUGGGCAAAAGUGGAGAAUACAACACGUCAUUAAAGAGUUUUAACUGCCUUAUGACAGCCAUAUUGAUCAAAUGACAACAGAGGAAAUAAGACUUACGGAAUGUUGGCCAUCAUUGAGACUUCUCAUUGAACUCUCGAGUAAUGGAGCAAUGGUUGACUUCCAGAUGUGAAGCAAGGGCACGUUCAGAUGGAAUUUUCAAACUGGAAGGACAAUUGCUGCUAGGCAACUGGGAGAUGCAUAUGUCUAACAAACUAGCUGACUGACUGGGAUUAAUGAUUUAGCUAGAUCCCAUAUAGGUGUUAAGUCUUUUUUCUUUUUCUUUCUAUCUUUUUUUUUUAACAGAAGAUGUAAACACAGAGUGACUAUGGAAACAAGUCCGAAAUAUCAACACUUUCCUCAGUUUUGUUGUUAAGUUACUAAGAAAAGACUCUGUACACCUAAAACUACACUGUAAUACACGUAGCAUCAACCAAAAAUGGAACUUUCAAGGGCUCACCUUUACUGAGAAACAUGGACAAGGCAUCACAGCUGGUGAACUUGGAGCAGUCAGACAAUUGUGACGUCAAAAAUUUAAUACGACACGAGUGGGAUGUUCAUGCGGAACCUCCAUGUAAACAUGAACACAUGGCUGUUUUGGACAUGAACAUAAUACCAUUACCAGAUUUUGUUACAUUUUUUUGUUUACAGUUGUCAUCAUUUUUGCAUUUAUUUAAAAAAUCCUUUUCCUGCAUUAAAUUGUUUGAAUAUUUGAAUUUCAGUCGGAUCCAUAUGUAUUUGGACAGUAACACAAUUUUUGUACAUUUGCCUUUGUACACCACCACAAUGGAUUUGAAAUUAAGCAAUCAAGAUGUAACUGAAGUGUAGACUUUCAGC